GCAUGCAAACAUUUAAAUAUCAAAUAUAUUUAAUAUUUGUAAAAUGAAUUUUUUUAAAUUUCGUUAAUCUUUUAUCCUAAUUUUUAAAAAUUUAACAAGGGAAACGACUCUCAGGGACUCUCGAUUUUUCUCACUUCUUUCUAGCCUAGGCCUAACCGAUGAAAACUUUUAAGGUUUUUUAUUUUAUUUUAUGUUAUUGUUAAGGUCCUAUGCCUUAGCUUUUUAAAAACUCCGUCUUUUUAAAGUAUUAUACUACUUCAACCAUAUCAUUUUAAGAAAUGUGUAAAUGCUAGUCAAACCAUCGUAUCCCGGAUCUAUUCUAGGUGUUCUACAUUGGCAGGUUACUGAACUCUACAGUUUGACAGUCUACAAUACUCUACAUCAUCCAAAAAUAAAAUUUAUGUGAAGAGGCAGCCUUGUAAACAAUGACUGCUAUAUACCUAUUGCUGUUGCUUCUACUCCAGAAGAGUGUACUUUGUAAUGAUCAAAAUGACAAUGAUAAUAGUUGCUUGAAAGAACCUUGCCUAGAGGAGAUAAGAUCAUCCAAUGUGCUUACUCCAUCACAUGGUGAUGAUAUUGUUGACACACCUCUCACUGAGGCUGUUUCUACAGAACAUUUGGCAAGUGAACAAAUUGAAGAUGUACACUUCAUCCAUCACACUGAAGAGGCCCAGCAUCAGCCAGAUUCCAAUAUAGCUGUCACCCAUGCAGAUUCUGUGAAUGAAGAAAUUAAAGAGUCACUGAAUACAGAAGAAAUCAGUGCAGAGCUAGAAACAGCUGAUGAAGAAAAUGACACAGCAAAAUGGAUCAGAGAAAGCAACUUAUCUGAAUUUCUCAAACUUGGCAUUGUCAUUCCAGAAGAUGCUGACAAAACCGUACAUGAAGUUAAAGGCAGUGAAAAGAUUUCAGAAUCCACACCCCAAAAACAGCAGUAUUUCCCUUUCUUGUAUAUGUUCAAGUCCUUGGUGUAUUCUAUUUUAUCUGAAUUUGGAGAUGAUUCAAACAACCAAGAAAGUUCUUUCAACGGGUCAGAGAUAAUGAAUGAAAAUUUGACAGUGAGUGAAGAUGUAAAUAGAGACCACAAUACCACACUCAAUGGGACUGACAUCAACAAGAAAACAAGAUUUCAAUGUGCCGUUAAAAAUAUUUCUGCAAAUGCCACUGGCGAGGUGAAAAUAGUUAAUAGUACAGAGCUACUGGAGAUUUUAAACUUUAGUAAAAACCAAAAAAUAUCCACCUGUGUCCUGGUGUUAUUUUAUGCCCCCUGGUGUCACUUCUGCGCUCGUACAGCCCCACACUACAAUGCCCUUGCCAGAGCUUUUCCACAGUUGGAUGUUUUGGCAGUUGAUACUUCUCAUUUCAGUUAUUUGAAUGCCAGAUUUGGCACUGUAGCUGUUCCAAAUGUGAUGCUAUUCCACUCAAGAUCAGCUGUAAGGUUCAACCAUACAACUCGAGUUUUUGAAAGUUUUGUUCAGUUUGUGAGCAACAAUACAGGUUUAAAUCCUGAUAAAACUGUGAAGCUGGAACCCACUGAUUUUGUGGGACCAUUGCCCAGUGUGGUGUCCAGGGGUAGAGACUGGCUUUUGUGGCUGUCUUGGUCAUUUGUCAUCAGCUGUUCCAUGUAUGGCUUUGUAAGGAGUGGGUUUGGGCAGAGCUCCAUAACAAGACUCAGAGUUUUAUGGCAAGAGCAUCAGCACAUUGAGUAAUGAAUGUAACAGGUAUGUUGGUUGAUCAGUGUAUGUGAAGUCAUCACAAUGAGUAGUGGAUGAAGCAAUUAUGUUGGUUGAUCAGUGUAUGUGAAGUCAUUACAUUGAGUAAUGGAUGUAACAGGUAUGUUGGUUGAUCAGUGUAUGUGAAGUCAUCACAUUGAGUAAUGGAUGUAACAGGUAUGUUGGUUGAUCAGUGUAUGUGAAGUCAUUACAUUGAGUAAUGGAUGUAACAGGUAUGUUGGUUGAUCAGUGUAUGUGAAGUCAUCACAUUGAGUAAUGGAUGUAACAGGUAUGUUGGUUGAUCAGUGUAUGUGAAGUCAUCACAUUGAGUAGUGGAUGUAACAGGUAUGUUGGUUGAUCAGUGUAUGUGAAGUCAUUACAUUGAGUAAUAGAUGUUAGGUAUGUUGGUUGUCACAUUAAGUAAUGGAUGUAAGUUAUGUAAGGCCAAAGUGAUUGUAUGUAAUGUAUGUGAAGACCAAUUUGGAAAAAAAUGUGAUGGAUGUAUGUAGGUUAUGUAUGUAUUCAUAUAUCAAGUGAUGAUUUAUGUAUAUAAAAAGUUUAAGUGUGAUGAUUUUUUUUAUAUAAAAAUAUAGUUUUCAAUUUGUGAUAUUGGCAUUGUCCAUCAUUCACUCAUUAUUAGAAGAGGGUAAGAAUUUCAUGAGUCUUGUUUUGUUUCUGCAUUUAAGUUCCUUCAUCAAAUGUCCAAGAAAUUUUUUGGGUAAAAUAGCAUGUUGGUAUAGAGAAAACUGAGUAAUAUAAUGGGCGCAGGAACUCUCAUCAUGCCAUUUAUAUCAUGUUUUAGCACUUUUUGAAUAACUGUGUAAGUUAAAUGUCAAACUUUAUUUAAUUGAAUAUUGCUUGUUUAUUUUAAGUGUUAGCCACUACCUGUUUUCAUGAAGUGCAUUUACAAUUAUUUUUUAAUCCCAUUAGAAAAAUAAACCGCCACUGACAAACUUUCAUCAUUUAUAAUGUAGAAAAAGUAGAAAUGAUUUGAAUUGUUCCGACAAAUAAUUAACAUUCUUCUAUAGUACCAUAAAAAGGAAAAGUUUUAAUUUUUUGAACUGAAUUUUUAAAAAUCAUAUUGUUGAAAGCUUUUUAUUAUUCUCAUGUUUUUCCUCAAAUUCAAAUGCAUCACAUCAUAGAAUUUAAUAUUUUUGUCAUUUGGCUGCACACUUGAAUUUUUUCAUGAACCUACAUUAUCUGACCUUAAUGUAUUUAUUUUUGUUUUUUAAAGUUGCACUGAAUUAUUAAUUUAAAUUUUG